AAUGCAGCUAACGUUUAUUGUGUUUUGAAACGUGAAGUGAACGUGAACAGCAGUGAACUCGAAAAUGGCCCGUACCAAGCAAACCGCUCGGAAAUCGACUGGUGGCAAGGCGCCACGCAAACAACUGGCUACUAAGGCCGCUCACAAGAGCGCCCCAGCCACCGGAGGCGUGAAGAAGCCCCAUCGGUAUUGCCCUGGAACGGUUGCCCUGCGUGAGAUCCGUCGAUACAAGAAGAUUACCGAGCUCCUGAUCCGCAAGCUGCCUUUCCAGCGUCUGGUGCGUGAAAUCGCUCAGGACUUCAAGACUGGCCUGCGAUUCCAGAGCUCGGCGGUGAUGGCUCUGCAGGAAGCUAGCGAGGCCUAUCUGGUUGGCCUCUUUGAAGAUACCAACUUGUGCGCCAUUCAUGCCAAGCGUGUCACCAUCAUGCCCAAAGACAUCCAGUUGGCCCGUCGCAUUCGCGGCGAGCGUGCUUAAGU